AUGAGUGACAUCUACGAGUCCGCCGCCAACUCCCUGGGUUUGUUCAGCAGCCCCUGUCUGACCAAAGUGGAGCUGCGGCUCACCUGCAAGGGGAUCUCGGACCGCGAUGCUCUGUCCAAACCCGACCCCUGCGUGGUCCUCAAGAUGAAGUCCCACGGGCAGUGGAUGGAGGUGGAUCGGACGGAGGUGAUUCGCAGCUGUGUAAACCCCACCUACUCCAAGGUUUUCACUUUGGACUUUUAUUUUGAAGAGGUGCAGCGUCUGCGCUUCGAGCUGUACGACAUCAACAGCAACCACAACGGCCUGAGGGAGGCCGACUUCCUGGGAUCAGUGGAGUGCACGCUGGCACAGAUCAUCUCUCAGAGGAAACUGUCCAAAGCUCUGCUCAGACCAGGAGGCACCGUGGGAAAAGCCAUCAUCACGAUCACAGCAGAGGAGCUGACGGGGAAUGACGACUACAUCGAGCUCUCCUUCAGCGCCAGAAAACUGGACGACAAGGACUUUUUCAGUAAAUCCGACCCAUUUCUGGAGAUCUACAGGCUGAAUGACGACGCCACACUGCAGCUGGUCUACAGAACUGAGACUGUCAUGAACAAUCUCAACCCGGUGUGGAAAACCUUCAAAGUUUCUCUCAACUCGCUCUGCAGCGGAGACCACGAGCGCAAGCUGCAGUGCACCGUGUGGGACUGGGACUCGAACGGAAAACACGACUACAUCGGGGAAUUCGAGGCCACGUUCAAAGAGAUGAAAGGAGCCAUCGACGGGAGACAGGUGCAGUGGCCGUGCAUAAAUCCCAAAUACCAGGUGAAGAAGAAGAAUUACAAGAACUCUGGGAUUGUCAUUCUGAACCAGUGCAAGAUCAUCAAGAUGCACUCCUUCCUGGAUUACAUCAUGGGAGGCUGUCAGAUCCAGUUUACAGUAGCCAUCGACUUCACGGCCUCCAACGGAGAUCCUCGUAACAGCUGCUCUCUGCACUACAUCCACCCGUACCAGCCCAACGAGUACCUGAAGGCUCUGGUGGCUGUGGGAGAGAUCUGCCAGGACUAUGACAGUGACAAAAUGUUCCCGGCGUUUGGCUUCGGAGCUCAGAUCCCUCCUGACUACAAGGUCUCCCAUGACUUUGCAGUGAAUUUUAACGAGGAGAACCCGGAGUGUGCAGGUAUCCAGGGUGUGGUGGAGGCCUACCAGGCCUGCCUCCCCAAGCUGCAGCUCUAUGGUCCCACCAACAUUGCCCCCAUCAUCCAGAAGGUGGCCAACUCCGCCUCGCAGGAGGUCCACACCAAAGAGGCCAUGCAAUACUUCAUCCUACUGAUCUUGACGGACGGCGUCAUCACCGACAUGGCCGACACGAGGGAGGCCAUCGUCCAGGCCUCCCAUCUCCCUAUGUCUGUCAUCAUUGUCGGGAUUGGGAACGCAGACUUCAGCGACAUGCAGAUGCUCGACGGUGACGACGGGAUCCUGCGAUCGCCCAAAGGAGAGCCCGUCCUCCGGGACAUCGUCCAGUUUGUCCCCUUCCGCAACUUCAAACAUGUGAGUCCAACGGGCUUAAAAUAAAAAACACAGAAGUA